AUGGUUCCUGUCUGGUUACUCGCCGUAACAGUAGCCACUUUACUGUCAACAACACUAACAGAAGCUCAAACAGAAGCAAAUUUCAACUGCUCCGCCGAAGCCGCCACGUGUCGCAGUCUAACAGACUACACUUCCACCAACACAACAACCUUAAAGGAAAUCGAAACCCUGUUCGGCGUAAAACACUUCCUCGACCUCCUCGGAGCCAACAACCUCCCAUCUGACACCAAAAACACUUACAAAGUAUCCCCCAACACAGUCAUCAAGGUUCCCUUUCCCUGCAAAUGCGGUAAAGGAACCGGUAAAUCCAACAAUUUACCGCGGUACAAGAUAAAACCAGGUGACACGUUAAGCCAAAUAGCGAUGGUUCGUUUUGCUGGUUUGAUGACGUAUCAACAGAUCCAAACCGCUAAUAAGAUACCAGAUGCUAACAAUAUUACCGCUGGUGAUACGCUUUGGAUUCCUUUGCCUUGUAGCUGUGAUAGGGUGGAUGACAGCAGUGUGAUGCACUAUGCACAUCUUGUGGAACCUGGUAGUAGCAUUGAUAUCAUUGCUCAAAAAUAUGGUACAACAUCACAAACUCUUCUCUCAAUCAACGGUAUUAAUGAUCCUAAAACACUUAAAGCCGGUCAAGUUCUAGAUGUUCCUCUUCCAGUUUGUAACACAAAUGUGAGAAACAAUUCGGUGGAUUUUCCGUUGCUUGUACCAAAAGGGACUUAUUUCUAUACUGCAAAUAACUGUGUGAAAUGUAAAUGUGACUCUACUGGAAGUGGUAAUAACAAUUCAAUGUUACAAUGUGAGGAGUCGAAACUAAAAUCGAUAAAUCAAUGGUCGGUUUGUCCGUCUGCGAAAUGCUCUGGGAAUGUGUUGAUUGGGAAUACUACGGUUACUGAUUCGUGUAAUCGGACAUUUUGUGAUUACGCUGGUUAUACUUCUCGCAAUAUCUCUACCGUUCUUGCAACUCAAAACACUUGUGCUGUAGCACCAAGUGGUUCGGCCGGUUCGGGUUCAGGUGGUUCGGAUUCAGGGGCAUCUAGGAGUAUCUUGAAUGGCUGGGUUUGGAAUAAGCUUCUCAUUCUCAUUCACUUCCUUCUGUUUUUUGUUUAUCUUUUGUAG